AUGGUGGAUUGCAAGCCUAUGAGUACUCCUUUAGAGGCUAAUACCAAGGGUCUUGACAAUGAUGUUCCACUUGAUGAUCCCAGCUUCUACCGAGGGAUUGUUGGAGCCUUACAAUAUCUAACACUUACUCGUCCUAAUCUUUCCUAUAGUGUUAAUUUUGUUUCACAAUUCAUGCAUGCACCCACUAUUGCACAUCUUAAAAUGGUGUGUAGAAUUUUGCAGUACAUCAAAGGGACUAUUUCUCUUGGUCUCAAUUUCACUUCUCACACUAUACUUGAUCUCUAUGCUUUUUCUGAUGCAGAUUGGAAUACAAUUUCCCGCUCUAGCAUUGAACUAGAAUAUAGAGCGAUGGCCCACACUACUGUUGAACUUACGUGGCUCUCAUUCACUUACGUGGCUCUCAUUCAUUCUCAAAGACCUCGGAGUUCCUCUUAA